GCGCACUUUCCUUCUUCACUUACCACGAGUAACAUCGACGGGUUUUUCAUUCCCAUCAGCUACACCAUCCCCGUCCGUGACCUUGGACAAAAUAACCAGUUUGCUUCAAUGGCGGAACAACUCAGCGAAGAACAAAUUGCCGAAUUCAAGGAGGCGUUCUCCUUGUUUGACAAGGAUGGCGACGGCACCAUCACCACCAAGGAGCUGGGAACAGUCAUGAGGUCACUGGGUCAGAACCCCACUGAGGCUGAGCUGCAGGACAUGAUCAACGAGGUGGAUGCUGAUGGUAAUGGCGAGAUCGACUUCCCUGAGUUUCUGACGAUGAUGGCGCGCAAGAUGAAAGACACAGACAGCGAGGAGGAGAUCAGAGAAGCCUUCAGAGUCUUUGACAAGGACGGGAACGGCUUCAUCAGUGCUGCUGAGCUUCGUCACGUGAUGACCAAUCUUGGCGAGAAGCUGACGGAUGAAGAGGUUGAUGAGAUGAUCCGAGAAGCAGACAUCGAUGGAGACGGCCAAGUCAACUUUGAAGAGUUCGUAACAAUGAUGACAUCGAAAUGAAUCCCCAUCCGCCCUGCAUCUCACCAUCUUAUCUCGUUGUCUCCAUUCAUUCUGUCUUGUUGUGUGCGACCAACUGAUGAAAGAUGCGUCUAUAAUGAUCACGUGUGUCCCUUUAGUCUCCGCGCACACCUCGCCAGAGAUUGGACGGACCACGCCAGCAGAGGGCGUCUUUUUGGAAGCCUGGUCGCUGAUGGCGUCGCAUCGAGUCAAGAUUGGAUAAUCGUUUCAGGAUUGGACUAUCUGUAUGUUAAAUGGCCGAUAGCACAAUGGGAACGGCGAACUCAGCUGCGGGGUGCUUUUUCUGUUAAUUCAUCGGUCACGCGUUUAACUUUUGUAUUUGUUCUGCCUGAGAAAUGAUUUUGUGUGACUAGAUGUUAAGUGCUUUUGGGGUAGAAACGGGCAAAUAAAGUAUUCAUAAUAACCGACCCGGUGUACCCAAAACGAGGUCACGAAGAAGUAUAUAUUUAUACAAUAAUUUUACUUAUUCAUUCGUCAAUUAUGUAGUCGUUUUGGUUUUUAACUACAAAAAUCAAAUUUGCACAAAAUAACCUCUCCGUGAUAAACAGUAGAACAGCUUUUUUACUCAACUAAUAUUCCUGGAUUUGCUCCAAUACCUGUACAUUCAGCAAACCAGUGAGAAUGUGUGGCUCGUACCAUGUUUGAACAUGGAGUUGAUUUGUAAAUAACAGAAUGAACAUUUUUUUUUCAUGUGUCAUUUGAAUACCCGCAUUAGGCCUACUGGACAAAAUAAUAUAUCGAGGAAAAUUGCAAAGGAAACAAAGUCUUAUCGCUUGGACAAAAUUUGUCGAAGUUUCCAUCAAAACUUUCUUGACUUCAUUUCAUUUUGUUUUUCUAGAUUUAUCGAUAAUGAAUCCCAAAUUCAGAAAAUCCCCAGGCGUGCAUGAGCACAUUUAUCUGGAAUUAUUUCAUAUUUGUACGGAAUUGUGGGUAUCCAAAUGGCCGAUUUUGGACAGUUUUUGACGAUGUAUAUAGUUCAAUGGACGACGAUAAUUUAGACAGAUCGAGAGAGGCUUCAAGAUUUACAUAAAAACCUCGAGUUAUUUGUGCGAUUGCUCAAAUUAAAGCUGUACCUCUGAUCGAUUUUGCAAUUUUGUGCUGUUUACCAAAAUUUUGAUUGGGAGUGUUGUACUGUGACUGGCAUCCAGAUAUUUCGCAAAAGGGAAUUUGUAAUACAAACCACAAC